AUGGAUGGUACUGAAGAAUUAGGCUACAAACCUCCGCCAGAAUUUCAGGAGGAUAAAAAGGAGUCACUAGUUGAUCUUAAUCUAACCGACACGACUGAACUUUGGCUCAUUCAAUGGCCGAUUAAUCAUCCUCUUGAUUUUGAUGAGCAAAAAGUUCCACUGAAGCUUCAUCAAAAUGGAGUAUUGGGCACUUUUACGGGUUCAUCUGUAACAGGAAAGUCAUAUGACGUGGUCAGUUUCACAGCCCAAGCUCCAGACGCAACAGUGUUUUUAUCUUCUGCCUCCGACUCAAAAAUUGUUGGAAAGAUUUCGCGAUGUGUUUCGCUUGUCCUUUAG